AAAAUUGCAAAAGAUAAAUUUUCGGCCUUCAUUGUUUUGGUUCUUUCCUUGUAUGAAACUAAUCCAACUUUAUGCAACGGCAUCUAUUCAUAAUUCCACUAAGCUUGUGGUCAUAAAGGCUGAUUCACUCGUGAUUGAGAUAGAUGAUGAUGUCCUUGAGAGUGAGGUUUUUGCUCAACUGGACCUCUUGGAUGACUUCUUGGAAAUAGAAAGGCCAUUUGAACUUUGCCAAGUCGUUGAUCAAAAUGAGGCAUUCAGUGCUGCUGAGGUCUUGAGCAAGGCUCCCACAUUGGAUGCAUCAGUGUGUAUGUUUUGGAGCAAUUUCCCUACUGUUUACAAGAACUUUAGCCAACAGUUUAUGAAUGAGGAGAAAGUUGUGUCAGAAGCAGCUGCGGCUGUAGAUCUUGCUCAACAUUGGAAAGAUGCAGUAGAGAAGAAAAAGAGUAUUUAUGAAGAGGUGAAAGAUAGCAUUAGCACCCAAAUGAAGCUGUAUCAAGACAACCUAGAUGAGAUUGCCAAACUAGAAGCCCGCCUUGCCGAAUUGAAAAAGGCAACAACAAAGGAAGAAGACAACCUCAAAUCCCUUCAACUUGAGAGAAGCAAAUUACUAGUUGAGCUCAAGGAAGAAGGACGUGGAGCUUUGGCUACAAAGAGUGAGGCUGCACAAUAGGAGGAGAAAGCAAAGGAAGCCAACAACACACUGCAGCAAAUGAGAGAUGAGUGGGCCACUUGGAUGCAAAACCUUUGUUAGGUUUUUUUUUCUUUUUUUCAGCAUCAUUCAUCCUUGUCGCGGCCAUUAAGCUGCUUCAACAUUUGUUUCCAAACUUCUUUUUAUUUUUCUUCUUCUAAUGAUGAACAUGAAUUUAUUUGCUUGCUUUAUUCAUGCUGCCCACGGCUUUGCAAACAAAGCCACUCUAAAACAAAAAUGUAAGAACAUG